AUGGGAAAGAAAAGGUCUUGGUUUGGUUUCUUGAAGAGAUUAUUGAUUUGCAAGGCCCAAUCGACCAAAGAGAAGGGAGGAAAGAAAAGCAGAUGGUGCUUUGGGAUGUUAAAGACGAGUCGCCAUUACCAUGCACUCGAAACACCGGAUCAGGCAAAAGUAAACGAUCAUAAGGAAGAGCAGAAACAACACACAUUGGCACUUACCGUUGCUAUGACAGCUGCGGCGGAAGCAGCGGUGGCAGCUGCUAAUGCAGCGGCGGAGCUUGCCAGGCUCGUGAGGUCUCCCCAAGACCUUGAAUGGAGAACCCGCUAUGAAGCAGCCAUUAAAAUUCAAUCUUUUUAUCGUUCACACCUGGCAAGGAAAGCUUUGAUCGGAUUAAGGGGAGUAGUGAAGCUUCAAGCUGUGAUUCGCAGUCAAAUCGUGAGACGAAAAUUCUUAAACAUUUUGAAAAACACGCAGCGAUCUAAAGUUCAUCAAAUAUGGGUUCCUACAUUCGAUAAAAUCUGUAAGAUCGGUAUAGACAAACAAGAUAUUUGUAGCCCACGAAUGUCGAUCAGGAGAAACGGUAACGUUCUAGAAGAUCCAAUAAAGUCUAAUAAAAUGUAUGAAACACAGAAGAAACUGCGAUUUGGGGAUAAAAAUCAUAUAGAAGAACACCAUUCAUCACCAUCUUUUAGAUCCCGAAUGUCGAAUAAUGGCAAAAGGCACUACCAUUUAUCGCCUGAUCGGUCAGAUGAGAAGUCGUUGCCGAAUUCACCAGUUUUUCCGGCUUACAUGGCGACUACUGAGUCGUUCAUGGCAAAGGCUCGAUCACUGAGCACCCCAAGACGAAGGAUAUCGUUUCUUGAUCAUGGGUACUGCACUACUCAUGGUUCCUCCUGCGGUAUGCCCAUGCUUUCUUCAUCAUCAUCGUUUAAUGGUGGUGUCAAAGGCAAUUACAGGCACAUGCAUCUAUUAUGA